UCGAAGUCUUUCAGAACGACAUUGUUGGUUAUUGGUAGGUGGAAGAAGGGCGAGAGCUGAAUCCAUGGUGGCAUCGAAGCUUCAAGCUCUAUGGAACCACCCCGCCGGACCUAAAACCAUUCAUUUCUGGGCACCAACUUUUAAGUGGGGCAUUAGCAUAGCCAAUGUAGCUGACUUCUCUAAACCUCCGGAAAGCCUUUCAUAUCCUCAGCAGAUCGCGGUUACAUGCACUGGUCUCAUCUGGUCACGCUACAGCACUGUAAUCACACCGAAAAACUGGAAUCUCUUUAGUGUAAAUGUUGUGAUGGCAGGAACAGGCCUCUACCAGCUUUCACGCAAAAUUCAGCAUGACUUCUCUUCUGAGGCAAAGCCAGCUGUUGUAAAAGAAUGAUGACGAAAAUCAUCUAGACUUUCAUCAUGAAUUGGGGCAAGCAUAACAAUAUUUCCUUGUUUAUUCCUCAAUCCACCCUACUAUUUGUGGAAAUGCUGUACCCCGCACUGCAUAUUCAAGUGAACUUUCGAUCAAUAAUGCUUGCCUGUAACGCUUUGUCUUUUCCAUGUAUGCCUCAAUGCGGAAAUUUGCCACAGGAUAUUAUUCAUUGUCAUUGUCCCUUGUAGCAAAUAAGUAUUAUUUACUGUCACCUUUCUCUCAUUUGUGGUGUACCUGAAAAUGCCAUUGCAUUAGCAAAUUCA